CAGAGCGCUAUCAUCACUUCCGCAAUGGAAGACCUUCAACGGUAGUUUGUAUCACAUCUCACUGUCACUCUGCAAGUGCAAAACAACAAUACGAGCCUUCAAGCAACCCGGAUUUGCAGGGGUAGUGCUCAGCGGCUGGUUUAGCUCAGCUGGGACGAAGCUCUAAACUGGGAUGUUACUUGCUAGCCAAUCUACAGUAGCAUUAGCCGAUUGCAGUUGAAAUGAUGGAUUCCCAACCGGUUGCUUCCCAGGAAACCAGCCGCUAAGACGAUGCGAAGUCGCAGUAACUCGGGGGUGAGGCUUGACGUAUACGCCAGGCUUGUUCAAGAGACUAUACUAUGUCACCAGAACCCGGUGACAGGGCUGCUGCCUGCCAGUGCCCAGCAGAAGGAUGCCUGGGUGAGGGACAAUGUCUACAGCAUCCUGUCUGUGUGGGGCCUGGGCAUGGCCUACAGGAAGAACGCCGACCGGGAUGAAGACAAGGCCAAGGCCUACGAGCUGGAGCAGAGUGUGGUCAAGCUGAUGCAAGGCCUCUUACAGUGUAUGAUGAGACAGGUGGCGAAGGUAGAGAAGUUCAAGCAGACCCAGAGCACCAGGGAUUGCCUUCACGCCAAAUACCACACUCCCACCGGUGCCACGGUGGUCGGGGACGACCAGUGGGGUCAUCUGCAGGUGGAUGCCACCUCCCUCUACCUGCUGGUGCUGGCUCAAAUGACAGCUUCAGGUCUGCACAUCAUCUCCAAUCUGGAUGAGGUAGCUUUCAUCCAGAACCUGGUGUUCUACAUAGAGGCAGCUUACAAAGUGGCGGACUUUGGGAUGUGGGAGAGAGGGGACAAGACCAACCAGGGCAUCCCUGAACUCAACGGCAGCUCCGUGGGCAUGGCCAAGGCUGCUCUGGAGGCCAUCGAUGAGCUGGACCUGUUUGGAGCUCAGGGAGGACCCAAGUCUGUCAUCCACGUGCUGCCUGACGAGGUGGAGCGCUGUCAGUCUAUCCUGUGCUCCAUGCUGCCCAGAGCUUCCACCUCCAAGGAGAUAGACGCAGGGCUGCUUUCGAUCAUCUCCUUCCCUGCCUUUGCUGUGGAGGACGCUGAGCUGGUCAGCAUCACCAAGAACGAGAUCAUCGCCAAGCUGCAGGGUCGCUACGGCUGCUGUCGCUUUAUCAGAGACGGGUACAGAUGUCCUAGAGAGGACCCGAACCGCCUCCACUACGACCCAGCUGAGUUGAAACUGUUUGAGAACAUUGAGUGCGAGUGGCCCGUGUUCUGGACCUACCUGGUUCUGGAUGGCAUCUUCACUGGAGACCAAGAACAGGUGCAGGAGUACAAGGAGGCUCUGGAGGGGGUUCUGAUCCGUGGGAGGAACGGUCUCCGACUGGUACCAGAGCUCUACGCGGUCCCACCUGAUAAGAUGGAGGAGGAGUGCAGUAACCCUCACUCAGUGGAGCGGGUGGCCAAGGGCCAGCUUCCUCACAUGUGGGGCCAGAGCCUGUACAUAGUGGGGUGUUUACUGUCCGAGGGGUUUCUCGCUCCUGGAGAGAUAGACCCUCUCAACAGGAGGUUCUCCACCAACUUCAAACCAGACGUGGUGGUGCAAGUGUGUGUGCUGGCAGAGUCAGAACAGAUCCAGGAGCUUCUGAGAGACUACGGUGUGGAGGUCCAGACGGUGUCGGAGGCUCUGUCCAUCCGGGUGAUGCCUGCCCGCAUCCUCAGCCACAUCUAUGUCAAACUGGGACACUGUAAGAAGUUGAACUUGAGUGGGCGGCCCUACAGACACAUCGGGGUUCUGGGAACUUCUAAGUUCUACGAGAUACGAGGACGCACCUACACCUUCACCCCCCAGUUCUUGGACCAGCACCACUUCUACCUGGCCCUGGACAACCAGAUGAUCGUGGAAAUGCUGCGAACAGAGCUGGCCUAUCUGUCCUCCUGCUGGAGGAUGACUGGACGACCCACACUCACCUUCCCCAUCACACAGAGCAUGCUGGUCGAUGACGGCGAGGCCAUUGAUCCUUGUAUCCUAGCAACCCUGAGAAAGUUGCAGGAUGGGUACUUUGGAGGGGCCAGGGUGCAGAUGUCUGACCUGGCUAGUUUCCAGACCACAUCCUUUCACACUCAGCUCAGCUUCCUGGAUGAAGACACAGACCAGCUGGACGACGAGGAAGAGGAGGAUGAAGACGAUGACGAGGAGGAUGUCUGCUAUCUACCCCAAGACGGAUCCAAAGGCAUGUUCGACCGCUACCUCGCCCAGCUGCUGCACGCCGCCGCCCCAAAGUGUCACCUCCCGGCCAUCCAGCGGGGACAGCACCACGUGUUCAGCGCAGAGCACACCACCCGAGACAUCCUGUCCCUCAUGGCCCAGGUCCAGGGCCUCAACAUGCCCAAGUCGUCCAUGUAUCUGCCUGUGACUCCUGCCAUGAACAAACACCGCAAGUCCCUCAACCUGCUCGUGGUUCCGCAGCAGGCACAACAGCAGCAACCCAAGCCCCACAGAGCUGCAGACCUGCACCUCCCCAGGGACCCCCAGGGGAACCCAGACUUCCCGGGGCUGGUCAGACGUCUCAGGGAGUGUCCCACUCUGCAGGACCAGGCUGACAUCCUCUACAUCCUGUACCACAUGAAGGGUGCUGAUUGGCUGGUGGAGGUGUCGGGGCCAGGCCAGGGCGGGGCCAGCGUGCGGGCCCUGUUACAGGAGCUGUACGUAGAGGCGGGCUCUUGUAAGGAGUGGGGUCUGAUUCGCUACAUCUCUGGGAUCCUGAAGAAGAGGGUGGAGGUACUUGCUGAGGCCUGUACAGAUCUCAUCUCCCACCAGAAGCAGCUGACUGUGGGACUCCCUCCAGAACCUAGGGAGAAGGUCAUCACAACCCCACUUCCUCCCGAGGAGCUGAACCGCCUGAUCUACGAGGCCAGCGGUCAGGACAUCAGCAUAGCUGUCCUCACUCAGGAGAUCAUGGUGUACCUGGCUAUGUACGUGCGCUCCCAGCCCGCCCUGUUUGGAGACAUGCUGCGUCUCAGGAUCGGGCUCAUCAUGCAGGUGAUGGCUACCGAGCUAGCCCGCAGCCUGCACUGCUCAGGUGAGGAGGCGUCGGAGAGUCUGAUGAACCUGAGUCCAUCUGACAUGAAGAACCUUCUGCAUCACAUCCUGAGUGGCAAAGAGUUUGGAGUAGAACGAAGUGUGCGUCCUAUCCAGUCCUCGGCCACCAGCCCAGCCAUCUCCAUCCAUGAGCUGGGUCACACCGGGGCCACCAAGACGGAACGCACCGGAAUACGCAAGCUCAAGAGCCAGAUCAAACAGUUGGAUGACUCCAGACCUAUGAGCAUCUUUAACAGCGGUUAUUCCAUCAGCAGUAACGUCACCUCGCCUCGUUCCACGCGGUGCUCCAGCCCCUCCACCCCCAGCGGGAUCCUGUCCCCCGUGGGGCUGGGCCCCCAGGGAGGGCCCCUGCAGUGGGAGGAGCGCCAGGGCCAGUGGCUGCGGAGGCGCAGGCUGGAUGGAGCCAUCAACAGGGUCCCCAUGGGCUUCUACCAGAAGGUCUGGAAGAUCCUGCAGAAGUGCCACGGGCUGUCUAUAGACGGAUACGUCCUGCCCUCCUCCACCACUCGCGAGAUGACAGAGGGGGAGAUCAAGUUUGCGGUGCACGUGGAGUCGGUGCUGAACCACGUCCCCCAGCCGGAGUACAGGCAGCUGCUGGUGGAGGCUGUGAUGGUGCUGACCCUGGUGGCCGACAUGGAGCUGGACAGCAUCGGGGGCGUCAUCCACGUGGACCGCAUCGUCCACCUGGCCAAUGAGCUCUUCGUCAGCGACCAGAGGUCUCAGGGAGCCCAGGACUACUUCCUGGAGAAGGACCCAGCCACGGGCAUCUGUAACUUCUUCUACGACAGUGCCCCUAGUGGCAGCUAUGGCACCAUGACCUACCUGUCCAAGGCAGUGAUCACCUACGUGCAGGACUUCCUGCCUCACUCGACCUGCUUAAUGCAGUGAAGCAGAGCGGGGUGAUAUACCUCACUCCACCUGGGACAGGGAUACCUGUCUGGGGAACAUUUCCAUAGGAUGUAGAUAUCUGGUGCUCAGUGUAGAGAGGCAGGUGGGGGGGAGGAGGGGAAGGAUGGAAGGAUGGAAGGAU